CCGGGAACAUGGCGGGGAGGCUCGCGGCCGCCGGCACCUCGCCGCCGGACCGGGACCGAGCAGCGCCCAACGUGGUGGCGUGGAUCUCGCAAUGGGCAGACGACCACCUGCGUCUCGUCCGGAACAUCAGCACCGUAAUGGCCAUAGCUGGAGUAAUGUUACUUCUAAGAAGUGUUCGACUGACAUCAAAAUUCACAAGUUCUUCAGAUAUUCCAGUAGAAUUUAUAAGAAGGAAUGUUAAACUACGAGGACGACUACGCCGAAUAACCGAGAAUGGUUUAGAGAUUGAACAUAUUCCCAUUACUUUACCUAUUAUAUCUUCGUGGAGAAAAGAGCCGUGUGGUGCUUUGCUGGUUAAGUUGGCUGGAGUAGAACUCACUGAAACUGGGAAGGUGUGGUUACAAAAAGAGCUAAAACCUUCCCAAGUAGUAUGGUUCCAACUUCUUGGAAAGGAGAAUUCAGCACUCUUUUGCUACCUUUUAGUGAAUAAGGGUAGAUAUUUUAGUGUGAGUCUGAAUGAAGAAAUUUUGAGAAGAGGCCUUGGCAAAACUGUUCUCGUUAAAGGGCUAAAUUAUGAUUCUAAAAUCUAUUGGAGAAUUCACAGAAACUUACUUAAAGCUGAAUUAAUAGCCUUAAAAAAAGGAGAAGGAAUAUGGAAGGAAGAAUCUGAAAAAGAAAGUUAUUUGGAAAAAUUCAAAGGCUCCUGGAGAGAAAUAUGGAAAAAAGACAGUUAUUUAAAAAAAAUUGGAUCAGAUUUCAACUUGAAAAAAGAAAGUUAUUAUGACAAAUUUAGAAGGACUUAUGAAACAUGGAAAGAAAACAUGAAUAACUACUCCUUAAUACUGAAGUUCAGAGAACUUCUGAGUCGCAUACACUUUCGUAGAAAAGGAUGAAAUAUUCCAAGAGAUCUGGAGGUGACCUACUCCAAAAAGAAUAAAAUAUAAUGGAUAAAUAUAAUGGAUAUUUUUCAUUGGGUUGAAAUGGAAAAUUUCCCCAAAUGAUCAAAGUUGCAUUCUAAUGUAUUUAAAUAUUUAAGAGAUUAUUCUUAUAAAUGUAAUAUCAGAAUAAUUUAAAUAAAUUGUGAUUAAUGUAAUAUCCUUUUAGGAAAAAUGAAAUGCUCUAUAAAAAGUUAUCAGGUUGAGGGCGAUAUACAUGUAGUGAUAAUAUAUGAAGAGAGAGUUUAACUAUUGGCCAUUGUAUUAUUUUAGUCAUUUUGGGCAGCCAUAUUUAACUUUUGUUUAAAGAGAGUAUUUGUU